AUCGAAGACUCAUAACUGACUUGGCUCAGCCACCCCGACACGGCGUGAUCACAGUCCCUCACUACUGUGGACUGCCCCCUACCCCUCAUCCUCCCUCCGUUCCCCGCGAUGAAAGGCGCCGACCCACCUCAUCACCUAGCCCUCACGCCGGUCCAGAGCCACCUCUCCGUUGAGGCCGCGCCCUAUGUCCGUAACCCUACGCCCGAUCCGGAGGCUCUCGACGAGAAGAUCUUGCCGUGCGUCUCGGCACAAAGCAAACCCGAGUUCGUCGAGCCCGGAUGGAAAGGCUGGCUGAACGUAGCUGGCAGUGUCGCGAUCAAUAUGAUAUGCUACGGGAUGACACAGUCCUUCGGCGUCUUCCAGCAGUACUACGAGACGGAGCUGCUGGCGGACGAGAGCGCGAUGGCCAUCUCAUGGAUCGGGGCGAUCAAUGCCGCGCUAUGCCCCAUGCUCGGAUGUAUCUCUGGGCCCCUAUUUGACGCAGGAUACCUCCGACACCUCACGUUCGCCGGCGGCGCGCUGUACGUCCUCGGCCUCACUAUGGCGAGCAUCAGCCGCGAGUACUACCAGGUGCUGUUGGCGCACGGGAUCUGCGUUGGUAUCGGUAUGGGCACGAUGUUUAGCCCGUCGGUCGCGACGCUCAGCCACCACUUUGCGCGCUCACGACACCGCAACCUCGUGUUUGGGUUGCAGGCGUGCGGCAGCGCCGUCGCCGGCAUCUACCUCCCCAUCAUGCUCAACUAUUUGAUACCUGCGAUCGGAUUCGGGUGGAGCAUGCGCGUGUUGGCACUCAUGGUCCUGGUCUUCACCACUAUCGGCUUCUUCGCCCUUUCCACCACGGAGCCGCCGCGCAAGAAGCUCGCCCUCCUCUCUCCGGCAGUCUAUGCCAACCCCGCCUACUCCGUCUAUCUCGUCGGCGCCUGCCUCUGCGCCCUCUCCGUCUAUGCGCCCUUCACCUUCGGCGUGACAUACGCGACGUCGCGCGGCGUGCCCCUCGAGAUCGCCAACUACGCGCCGGCGAUCUCGAACGGUGUCUCCCUUCUCGGCCGCACGCUGCCACUCAUCCUUGCGCGCCGCACAGGCCCCAUCAACGUCCUCAUGACCUUCGCGCUCGCCAGCGGCGCCGCCCAGCUUUUCUGGACGCUCGCGCGCUCCACCCCCGCCAUCCUCAUCUAUCUCGGCGUGUACGGCGUCGCGAGCGGCGGGUACGGCGCAAGCUUGAACCCCGGCGCGGCGAGUUUCGCGCCCCACGUCAACCAGGCGGGACUGUAUCUCGGCAUGUGCUUCUUCACUACAUCGUGGUUCUGGCUCGCGGGCGCGCCGGCGAUCGCCGCGCUCAUUGACAAGUACCCGACAUACCUCCCCGCAUCGCUGUUUGGGGGGUGUAUGCUGCUCGUUGGCGGCGCGUUCAUCGUGCUAAGUCGGUUCAUGAAAGCCAAGCAGGUUGGGAGUCCUUGGGUGUAGCGUGGAGUGACAACAAUAGACAGCUCCGUAUGUAUUCAUUAGCGU